CCCGUGAUGUCAGCGCUUCUUGGAUGCUGGUGCUGUUUGCAUGAUUACAUUGCAUUGUUUGUAACUGACAACAAAUACGGAUCAGAAGAAAGAGGAGAUGCCUCGUUUUUAAUGACCUCCCAGUAUGCCCCAUCGCCCGUCACGUCCCUUACCUGGCAUGUGGAGGUAGCUUCAUGUGUUUUUUAUUUAUUUUGCGCUCAUUGGAUGUUGAGCAUUCCAGUGCCUUUCAACAGGAGUGUGGGGCUGCAGCGGGGUGUACUGUCAGAGCUGCGCGUGGAAGCUUAUUACAAGCGUCAGGUAAUAUUUGAGAUGAUCCGUUUCUUUCAAAUGCACCACAUCCACCCAUGUCAUGUGCACUAGUAUAAGGCUUGCGGUGUCUUUGAUUAGCUCCAGACAGUGCGCUUACAGUCACCGGUAGAGAGCUGUGUCAUUCGUGGCAAUAACAACAGUAACAAUCCGGUUUUAGAUUUUUUCAAUUAUUAUUUUUUUCCCCUAACUGGAAGAUUUUAAUAUCGCAAUGGACAGGUUACAUUCGUCCAUGCGUAAAAGGCUCUACAGUUUGCCACAACACAUAGGGCACAAAGCCUCGAUCAUUGGCGAAGGAGAAGACGGCGACAAGGACACCAGGAGGAAGAGUAUCAGGAUGAAGCCGUUACCUUCGCCGUCCUCCGCAGGAAGCUGCAAAGGCAUCGGGGAGACCAAAAGCGGAGACGUGAUUAUGGAAACGGACAUCGGGAGACCCAUAAAGACCAGCUCGAAUGGGGACUGUAGGAGGUUUGGAGACAGUCUCUCGUCCAUCACUGGACGACAUGUCCACGACUCUGACUCUGCGGAAGAGAGGCGCCUCAUCACCGAAGGGGAUGUAACCCCCAGCGGCGAGAGCCCACCGGGAGCUCUAGAUUGUGGUUCGGAACUGGGAGCGCAAGGCGGAGGUGCACAGCAGGCAUCUCCGGAUGAACAAUCAAGCUUCAUAAAGUUGGAUGGCAUCGAUCAAAUUAUGCCGGACGACGAGAGAUUGUACCAGGCUGGCUUCAUUCAUAGGCAGUUCGGAGCAAUGCUCCAACCGGGGGUCAACAAGUUCUCCUUACGGAUGUUUGGAAGUGAAAAGGCGGUAGAAAGGGAACAAGAGCGGGUUAAAUCCGCCGGAUUUUGGAUAAUUCAUCCCUACAGUGAUUUCAGGUUCUAUUGGGACCUGACCAUGCUGCUGCUGAUGGUGGGCAACUUGAUCAUCAUCCCCGUGGGCAUCACCUUCUUCAAGGACGAGCACACGCCGCCCUGGAUCGUCUUCAACGUGGUGUCGGACACCUUCUUCCUCGUGGACCUGGUGCUGAACUUCCGCACGGGCAUCGUGAAGGAGGACAACACCGAGAUCAUCCUGGACCCCCAGCAGAUCAAGAUCAAGUACCUGCGGAGCUGGUUCGUGGUGGACUUCAUCUCCUCCAUCCCCGUCGACUACAUCUUCCUCAUCGUGGAGACGCGCAUCGACUCGGACUUCUACAAGACGGCCCGCGCCCUCCGGAUCGUCCGCUUCACCAAGAUCCUCAGCCUCCUGCGCCUGCUCCGCCUCUCCCGGCUCAUCCGCUACAUCCACCAAUGGGAGGAGAUCUUCCACAUGACCUAUGACCUGGCCAGCGCGAUGGUGCGCAUCGUCAACCUCAUCGGCAUGAUGCUGCUGCUGUGCCACUGGGACGGCUGCCUGCAGUUCCUGGUGCCCAUGCUGCAAGACUUUCCUGCCGACUGCUGGGUGUCAAAAAACAAGAUGGUGAAUGACACGUGGGGUCAGCAGUACUCCUACGCCCUGUUCAAAGCCAUGAGCCACAUGCUGUGCAUCGGCUACGGAAUGUAUCCCCCCGUGGGCAUGACCGACGUGUGGCUGACCAUCCUCAGCAUGAUCGUGGGCGCCACCUGCUACGCCAUGUUCGUCGGGCACGCCACCGCGCUCAUACAGUCCCUCGACUCCUCCCGUCGCCAGUACCAGGAGAAGUACAAACAAGUGGAGCAGUACAUGUCCUUCCACAAGCUUCCAGCGGACAUGAGGCAGAGGAUCCACGACUACUACGAGCACCGCUACCAGGGCAAGAUGUUCGACGAGGAGAGCAUCCUGGGGGAGCUGAACGAGCCGCUGAGGGAGGAAAUCAUCAACUUCAACUGUCGGAAGCUGGUGGCUUCGAUGCCCCUGUUUGCUAAUGCGGACCCUAAUUUUGUGACCUCCAUGUUGACGAAGCUGCGGUUCGAGGUCUUCCAGCCUGGUGACUAUAUCAUCAGAGAGGGCACCAUCGGCAAGAAGAUGUACUUCAUCCAGCAUGGAGUGGUGAGCGUGCUGACCAAAGGCAACAAGGAGACCAAGCUGUCCGACGGCUCCUACUUCGGGGAGAUCUGUUUGCUGACGCGGGGCCGGAGGACGGCCAGCGUGCGGGCCGACACGUACUGCCGCCUGUACUCGCUCUCCGUGGACAACUUCAACGAGGUCCUGGAGGAGUUCCCCAUGAUGAGGAGGGCGUUCGAGACGGUGGCGCUGGACCGCUUGGACCGCAUAGGCAAGAAGAACUCCAUCUUGCAGCACAAGGUCCAGCACGACCUCAGCUCCGGAGUCUUCAACUACCAGGAGAACGAGAUCAUCCAGCAGAUCGUCCAGCACGACCGGGACAUGGCCCACUGCGCCCACCUGCUCCAGACCGCCCAGCCCCCCGCCCCCCCCUCGCCCACGCCCGUCAUCUGGGCACCCCUCAUCCAGGCCCCCCUCCAAGCCGCAGCCGCCACCACAUCCGUCGCCAUAGCCCUGACCCACCACCCCCACCUCCCCGCCACCCUCUUCCGCCCCCCGCUGUCCAUGCUGGGCUCUCUCAAGGAGCCUUCCGGCUGCCUUAAGAGGCUCCACUCGGUGGUGCCGGCCUCCACCGGGCCCAGCUCGGCUGGGGACUCCCCCUUCGGCACACCUUCCAAGCCUCACCCCGGCACGGACACGCCCCUGCUGGCCUCUUUCCGAGCGCAUCACAUGACCUCGACUCUGAGCCCGCAGGCCUCCGGCGGCAGCGGGCUGCCGGGUCCCAGCGCCGCCUCCACGCCUCCCUUCGGCCGGCUCCUGGCGUCCGACUCCCCGACGUCCGGCGCCGCCGCCCAGCUCCACCGGCAGUUUCCCGAGCGGCAGUCCUUCUCCUGCGGCACCCCGCCUUUCGCGCGGCUCUUCCAGCAGGAGGCGGCCGGAGGAGCCGCGGGAGGAGCCGGCUCCCCCGGCAGUCCCCCGGCCUCCAGCUCGGCCAGCCCCGCGCUGGGUCAGCUGCAGCCUCCCCUGCCCGCGCCUCCGCAGGCCGGGUCCCUGCAGCAGUUUGCGGGCGGGGGCAGGACUUCCAGCGGCUUGAACCUCUUCUGCACGCCCUCCUCGGGCUCCCCGUCCUCCGGGAAGAGCCAGGCGGGCGCGGGCUCCCCGUCCUCCCUGCUUCAGCACGGCCUCUCCGGCCUCCAGUCGGGCUUCCUCCCCCAGCCCCCCCAGGAGCGGUCGGCCCUGGCCUCGCUGGCCCAGUACGGCUCGGGCAGCGCGUCCCCCUGCCGCACCCCGCUGGCCCCCAGCCCCACCGUCCAGAGCCCGGCGGCGGGGAGGACGUUCCGCUACAGCGAGCCGCCGAGCGCCGGCGGGUCCCUCAGCUCCCUGCUGACGCCGCAGAGCUCGUGUGCGGCUCCGCCGUCCGGCCGGGCCAGGCCCGGGGCCGAGUCGCCCCUGGGCUGCUGCUUCUCCCAGGACCUGAAACUCAUCUCCACCUCCCACCCCUCCCUGCCCCAGGAGGUGGCCCAGGCCGCCGGUCGCUCGGCCUCGCGGGAGUCCAUCCCCUGCUUCUCCCCGUUCUCCUCCCCCUCCCCGUUCUCCUCCCCGACGUUCUCGAGCAAGCCCUACAGCUCGGUCCCGGGACACGUGACUCUUCCCAGGAAAAUGUCCUCCGGGUCCAUACCUCAGACUUGUUCCCCGGGGGCGUCCCCCGCCCUCCCUCCCCGUAGAGGCUCUCCGGCCUACUCGUCCGAACUGGAGUCUGUUCGCUCCAAGCUUCCCUCCAAUUUGUGAGGUUCGAUCACACCCUCCUGUACCCUGGACUGAAAGAAACAACCUUUCAUGUGAUGCCCCCCCCCCCCCACCUUAUUCCUAGACUUCACUGUGUUUAAAUUUAGUUAUUUUAAUUCUCUCACUAUAACUGUGAUUUGAAAGAGAACAAAAAGCUUAACCAGGUGACGUAGAGCUCUAGUUUACACUCUUUAUUUUUGCUUUGUCCUCCUCCUUUUUGUCCGUAAAUAUAUAUGUAGCCUGAUAUUUAUGAAUAUUUUGUAUCCAGUGAUAGGAGGGUGUGAGAUGAUGUCCAUCAGGUGAGGCCCCUGAUUUUAUUCAUUGUUAUCUAUGCCAAAUGAACCAACAGGGGCUUCAUCAGAUAGUUCAUAGAAAAAAAAAAUAGUACUUCUUGCAGGGACCUAUGCACUAAAACCUGCAUAUAAAACAUCAUUUUUUUCCCUCCAGUGACAUUUAUCACAUUAUUAAAUAUGAGUUAUGAUCUGUUUUUUUUUCACAUUUUGGAUCUCCUAUAGUUGAUCCUUGCAUUUAUGUAUUUCAUUUAAAUUUUAUUUAUAGAUAUUACUGACUUUGCGAAAUCUUCCAGGGUGGAUAAACAACUCGAGGAUUAGAAGGAAACCAAAAAGGAUUUCUCUGGGAGUAGAAAAUCCGGCUCUUGUCCUACUUGUUUUUUACAGCAGUAUUGUAGUAAUACCAGAUGUGUUCAGAGGGGCCUGCAGUCCCUCCGUGUUGUUGGUGAAGAGAAGAAGCCGUUCCUGUAGCGGGUCAGCUGCUCUGUGUCCGGCAGCAUCCUUACAAAUUCACACCGUCUUCCAAAAUCAUGUAGUCGCUUUUAAGGGUAAAAAGGAUAGAGCCCUGCUAUCUUGGUGUGUGUGUGUGUGUGUGUGUGUGUGUGCGUGCGUGCGUGUGUGUGUAUGGGCUUCGGCUUCAUGAGAACAGGCUUACUUUUGUAAGCCAAGGCCUUCCCCGACUCUCCAAGCAGAGAUUUGCCUUUUCACGAAACGUAGGACUUCCAUCAAAGUUCUUGUGUAGCCUUGUAUACUCUGAUAACCCACCCACCAACACCUUAAAAUAUGCCAGUUGAAAUUAAAGAGUAAAGGAUACCAGUGGUGACAACGUAAAGCUAUACGUGAUUUCUGCAACAUGAAGAAAGCAGAAUGCAUUUUAUCUGCAAUAAGAAUAUAUAUUUGGCAUAGUUUAAAGGUCACAUGUAGCCAACCACUUUACAAACUCUCGACAGGUGCCACACUCCAUAAAUACAUUUUGUGCAUUGCUGAAUGUAGCUGCUAUUAGACAUCAACAAAGACAUUCUCCGUCCCAUUGAAAACCAAUUUUGAGUGAAAGAUUAUGAAUUUAUACACUUAUCAUUUUUAAUUGACAUUCAUAUUAGGCCGAGAACCGUUUUCACAAUCAAAGUUUGCGCAGCACCAUUGUGAAAGGACAUACCUUAAGUGAACUUAAAGCUCUGAUAUGGAGAAGAGUCCGAAAAGGCAAUUAAGUGGGGGGACAGAUGAACGUGUCUUUGGAAUAACUGUUUAGACGCCCGAGGGAAUUCCGUGGUCUACCUGAUCCACGAUGAAUUACUUCAAUUUGCCGAUUGAGCCGUCAAUCAAUAUAAUGAAUAAGCCGAAGGGAACAUAGAGCCCUCCCUUCCCAUGUCACUGUAUAUCAUCCGUAGGAUAAUCUCACCUGCCUGGCAGAACUUCCCACAUCAGUUUCACCCCCAGCCAUUCUGAAAAAGCAACCUUACAAGCCAGAACGAAUCAGAAGCCCGCUUUUAGCCAGAACUUUGACCUCUGCAGAGCCAAGAUCUGCUUGGCCGGUUUGGUCAGUUGGAACUCGUACACAGUGACUCAUAAACAAACAGCUGCAGGCCCUUCCAGGCAGUCCCUGCGUCCUCGUAUCCAAGCUGUGUGAAGAUGGACAAAGUCCUUUAGUCACAUGUCACUUCUGUGUGCAUAAUUGGUGUACAGAUUUCAGUGAGCAGGAGUAAAGACAGAACUGUAGGCGAUGGACUGUGGACUCUUGCCUUCGAGGUUCGGUAGCAAUAAGGGUAGCGGUCCCGAGGUGUGUCCUUUCCUGAAAAUAUGGUGCUGUGACAAAAAAAAGGAGGAAACAACAAAAUUAUGCCUUUAUUCCAAAAGACAGGGCUCCCAGUGCACUUUCCAAUUCAGUGAUUUUCCUUAUUGUAUUAACAGCAGUGUGCUGUAAAUUUACGGUGUUGUUUUAAUUGCAGUUUUUCUGAGCUUAAUUAAAACACUACCAACCUACCUGAAGUGUUGUACAUUGCUGCAAGCCUGUGACCAGUCAUGUAUACAGUCCAACGGUCAGUCAUGUAAGUUAUUGAAUUAGCACAGAUGCCCAGGCCGUGGGAGUCCGUGGGAACGUUUGCUGUUGAACGCACAGCCAGGGCCUAAAGAAAUCCAAUCCGGUCCAAUCUGCUUGAUGGUGGGCCGGGCUGUUACCCAGGGUAUCGUUUCUGUUUCAUUUCCCCCCCAUUCAGUUGUUAUUUAACAAGUUGUCCUAAACUGGAGCAUGUUGCUGUCUAAAACCUCUGAAAUAUUCAUGCCCUGUCAGUGUCUGUCUGCCACCUGGCACCUGCUCGGAUUGGCAUCCCGAAUUUCAUAAAAAACUCUGUCUUUUCCGACAGACAGACAGGAAGGAAUGACAGUUGACUGAGCAGAUUGUCAGGGCUUCCCAUUAAACCGCGGCGACAGAUAAACGGCACUGAUGCGAAAAAUAAACAAAUGUCCAAAAAUUAAAAGUCGCCUGAUUUGACCGUUGAUAAGUUUGCGAUUUCAGAGGGAGGGAGAGAGCGACGUUUGCCAAAUGGCUUCUGAAGGAUUCGCUUCAGAGGAAGGCUGAGAGGGAGCCAUGGAGAGUGAGAGAUAGAUGCAGCGAGACACUGAUAUAUUGAAAGAAUGAUGCGGUUUGACAGACAGCCACAGGGUGAAGGCAGACAGAUUUCCCAAUUGGGUAUACUCAGUUGGGGGAGAUUCUUGUUCCUGGGACAAUGAAGGCGAGCUGCCCGUGUCAUAUCACUGUUUUUUGACCAGUUGUGGAACUUUUUUUUUU